AUGAAACUCGACCCAGCAGUCGUCAAGCUCCUGUCCCUGGACCCGUCCAACACCUCCGUCUCGUCCUAUGGCGGGGGUGGCAUGUCCUCCGCCUCGACCUCUAAGAUCACCACCAAGCUCAACGAUGGCACGGAAAUGAGCUUCUUCAUGAAGACAGGGAAGAGCAAAGAUGCCGAGAUCAUGUUCCAAGGCGAACACGCCUCCCUAAACGCAAUCCACGCCGCCGUCCCCAGCCUUUGUCCCCAAUCCUUCGGCUGGGGCCACUUUUCCUCCUCGCCUUCAACCUUCUUCCUCGUAACCGACUUCUUGCACCUCUCCCCUUCCUCCAGCAGCUCCUCUACUAACCCACCCCCCUCCCUUGCCGCCAAACUCGCCAAGCUGCACACAAUCCCCGCCCCCAUACCCGAGGGUUACAGCACGCCCCAAUUCGGCUUCCUCGUCCCUACCUGCUGCGGCGACACCCCUCAAGACAACACUUUCUCCUCCUCAUGGGCAGACUUCUACGCCAACAGCCGCCUGCGCUUCAUACUCGCGCGCUGCGAAGCCGCUCGCGGCGCUGAUAGGGAACUAAACCGGCUUGUAGAAGAUACGGCGGGAGGUGUAGUGCCAAGGCUGCUUGGGGAAGGGCACCUUUCUGACGGGAAGGGUAGAAGUAUCAAGCCGGUCGUCGUGCACGGCGACCUGUGGAGCGGGAACAAGAGCCGUGGGCGUGUUGGGGAAAAGGGAGAGGUUCAGGACCUUGUAUACGAUCCUUCAUCAUGUUACGCGCACAGCGAGUACGAGCUGGGCAUUAUGAAGAUGUUUGGGGGGUUCGGAGGCAGUUUUCUGAAGGAGUAUCACGGGCUGUGUCCCAAGUCGGAGCCGGUGGAGGAAUACGAGGAUAGGGUCAAGCUGUAUGAACUCUAUCAUCACUUGAAUCAUUAUGCGUUGUUUGGGGGAAGUUAUAGGGGCGGUGCGGUGGGGAUCAUGGAGAGAUUGGUGGGGAAGUAUGGACGAUGA